GAUCUUCAGAGGCCCAUGAUAUCUGUGCUGCUCCCCUAGAUCCUCCCAAACGCGACCUAGGUUCAUUCACUUAGACUUCUUCAAAGUCCCCUCAAUUGGGAACAACUCCAAGCCUCAAUCUUCUGAACCCCACCUUAUGUAAACCUCCUCAGUGGCACCGGAGCACUUUACACCUGGGAUGCCAUUGGCAAAAAUCGAGUUGCAAAAUCUGUUUCAGUCGUUACGUCGCUCAAUCAGUGUGUGUCUGUCGAUAGUCGUUAUUCGAGUUUCCAGAAACUCGUUGCUCAGGUGAUGAAACCGGCCAUAGAAAGGCAUGGCAUGGCAUGGUUAUUAUCCUACAAGAGCCUACGAGAUAGUUCCUUACCAAUGAAUGAUGGCGCUCACCUUUCCGAAGUUCCAACAUGCCCAACGUCUUAUCUUAGCUUUCCUCCUCCGAAGCAUCUUAUAUUGUACCACUACCUCCUGUUCUUUCUGAAAUUCAAGAAGCUAAAGAGUGGUUCGCAAGAGCUUCCACAGUGUACAGGAGUACAGGAGUAUCAACAAGUAUCAGGGAGUUUCCUGUUUAAGUCCUCUCAUCCGUAUAUACCGAAGGAUCAAUCAGUCCAUAUGAAGAUUGGUGAUCAUUUCGUACACUCUACUUCACAGGGCUUCACUUACCCUGCCUUUGAAGAAUUCCAUGAAAUUAUUUCCCACUCAAACCUAGCCUCUUCAGCUCUUCAGCCCCGGCUUCAGGCCAUCGGGGCGGCGGACUAUAUAUAUAUAUUGUACCGAAUCGCAUCACACAGCAGGCCAUUGAUAAGAUCUUUUCUAGGAGUGCUUACCCUUCCUGUACCCUUCUCCCUACAAAUGCAUAUUUUUUUGGUUCAGCUGGUAUCGCUCGUUCGGCCCCAUGUACAUAGACUGGAAAUUGGAUAGGAAUGAGGCUGGUUGAAGGGAAACACAUCGACAAUCUCGAGCACCUCGUUAAAUCUAAACCGCUUACAUAUGUACGUGCCUUAUAGUAAAUAUCAACCAGGAACAGGUCGU